AUGAAGCUGCUAUUCCAGUCUCUAUUCGUGUCUCCACGGGAAUUAGCACUGCAGCAGAAGGAAGAGGAGAGGCGGCGCAAUGAACUAGCGCGAGAUCCCAAACAGACCAUCAGAGGCAAACCAGAGGCCGCUCAGCUGGAGGGAUUCCGCAAUCCAUUAGGUGGCGAAGGUGAGACCUUCCAGGCCGAGACAUUGGCUGAAAUCCAGGCGCUUCAAGCACAACAAUUGGCCGAAAAAGAAGAAGAAAUGGAACGAGAACGUCAGAUGAAUUUACCUACAGGCUUCUUCCUGCAGACGAGAGGUCAAGGUCACGAGGCCAUCAACUCCAAGUCCGCGUACUGCAUCAACGUCGUGACGCCCAGUGACUCCCCCGGCGUUUUACUGGACUUUGAGCUGUAUCUGAACGCCUUACCCUCCGCAAGACCCGUCUAUUCAUACAGAGGCAAUGGCGAACAGGAGAGCGACAGCAACAGCGGUGACGGGAAGGCCAAGCGUCUGGAUAUGCCCCCGUCAGUUAUUGACAUUUAUCUGGAGCGACAUCCCGUGGACAAGAAAUACUACCCAGACUUCCACGCACCGAAAGAGAAAAGUAUCUGGAUGAUGCAGAACGUCGAGUUCUUCGACAGACACGAGCUGGACAGCCCCACGGUGGGCGUCAUGAUGGUGAAGAACCGCAUCGGACUCAAGAAAGUGCUCGAGUACAGGCAUCGACAUCAACUCUCGUACUCCGUCUUCUACACUAAACACACGAGUCGCGACUUGUAUCAGCCGGCGGUACAGCGUGAUUGGACGUCAUUUUUGCACUUAGCGGGCUGGAGUCCGUUCAAGAACACGCGUGUGAUCUUACAGGCAUGGGCGUUGCAUCCCGAAUGGCCACAACUGAUCAUCCGAGUGAUUAAAGCUGAUCUGUGCGCGUGGAUCGAGGAGCAGUUCGGCGACAAGGACUCGUGGAGGCUGCAGAAUGUGGACUACGCCUGUGGCUCAGUGCCUGCCGAAGAGAAAGAUCGAUUGCAGAACCAGAUUGGCCUUCACUUGUGUCCUAGCGAGACCGAAGGGUUCGGUCAUUAUAUCAACGAGGCUCGUAGCGUUGGUGCAUUAAUCCUGACAACGAACGUGCCGCCGAUGAACGAGUUGGUGGACGAGAAGAGCGGCGUGCUGGUAGGACAGUCGCACCCGUGGUGGUGGCAGACGAAGGGAGACUUAUUUAUGCCACUAGCACAAGUGGACGUAGUUGACAUCGAGCGGGGUGUAGAGAAGAUUCUGCUGCUCUCCAUAGAGGAGCGGAAACGGAUGGGUCGGCGUUCGCGAGCCAAGUUCCUAGAGGACCGCGCGUACUUCCUCAACGCCAUGACAGCACUGGAAGAGAGCCUGUGCCAGGACGAGAUCCGAAUCGAGAAAUUACAGCCCUAUCUGUACUAG